AUGGCCGUCAAGCACUUCUACCUCUUUGGGGAGGAUCCCUCCAAGACGCGCGAGGUAGACCUCGAUCCCCAGCUCCAGCAGGAAUACGAAGACAUCCGUCGCCUGAUAGCUGACGAAUUUGCAAUCAUCGAGCCCUCAGGCGUCGAUCUGUCCAUCGAUGGCGAGACUCUGACGGACGUGGGCGACGUCUUUGGCGCGAAAACACCCAUGGCCAUCUCCAUCGACGGCAAGCGUAUCAGAGAUGUUCCGGGGCCCAAGGGGUAUCCGUACCUAGGCAAUUACUAUGAAGUGUAUCCCGACCACUUGGGAAACCAUCAACGGCUCUUUGAACAGUACGGCUCCAUCUUCAAGACCACCAACAUGGGCAGCACGGUCUACGAGACCAACAGCCCUCAGAUCGCGCAGCUGGUGUUCUCCGAGUCGCAGUACUUCAGCAAGGAGAUCACGCCGUCCCACCCCCUCUACGGCAUCAAGGACCAGACGGCGGGCGUCUUCCUGGCAGACACCAACACCGAGGCGUGGAAGUUGGCGCACAAGUUUCUGCCGCCGGCCUUCUCGCCCAAAGCGGUGCGCCAUUACGCCCCCAAGAUGCAAGAGACGGUCGAGUCGGCAUUCAAGGUCUUCGACGAGCUGGACCAGCGCGGCGAGGCGUGGAACGUCUACCCGUACAUGCUCAAGCUGGGCUCGCAGGCGGUCGGCAAGCUGACCUUGGGCGUGGACUUCAACCACUUUCACGCGGUGGACGCGCCGCUGAGCCGGCUCGUGCUGCUCAUCGCCGAGCUGCUCGAGUUGAACAAGCGCGUCACUUCCAAGGGGAGCUGGUACUCUUCCCUUCCGUUUGGCGAGCCCAAAGCGCUGCGCGACUGCAGAAAGCACAUUGACGAGCUGGUCGAGGAUGCGCUGCACAAGAUGGCCCCCAAUGGCGUCGAGGAUCUCGACCUGCAGGAUGCCGCCCUGAAGGCGUCGUGCAUUGCUGACUACGCCAUGCGCGCCAUCGACCGACAGGGCGAGAAAUUGCCCCGGGAAUACCUCAAAUCGUCAUUGGUGGUGGCCACCGCGGCCGGCUUUACCACCACCUCCAGCCUGUUGUCCUGGCUGAUCUUUGGACUGGUCAGCUACGAAGGCGUACAGGAGCGCCUCCUUCAGGAGCUGAUCGACAACGACAUUGACGAGGACACCGUCUUCGACGCUGACACCAUCGGCAAGCUGCCAUAUCUGGAGAACUAUGUUAAGGAGAUGCAGCGUCGCCACAACCCCAGUUUCCAGCCGGGACGGACGGCACAACAAGACGUCAUUCUGCCCGGCGGCUUCAAGAUCCCUCGCGGCGGCGUGGUCAUCCCGGCGUUGCACCACAUCCACAACAACCCGGAACUGUGGGACAACCCGACCAAGUUCGAUCCAGACAGAUGGAACACCGACUCGGUCAAGAACCGCCACAAGGCCGCGUACAUCCCCUUCGCCAUGGGCCCGCGCGGCUGCAUCGGGUUCAACUUCGCCCUGCUCGAGGUCAAGGUGUUCCUGCCCAAGCUGAUCUACCGGUACAAGUUCAGCCGCGAGGGAGACGACCCCAUCCAGUACGACCCGAUGUUCCAGCUCAUCCGGCCGCUGAAUCUCUACGUCCGCGCCGAGAGGAGGGUCAAGUGGCCGGCCAAGAGUGAGGUGCGGGCCUGA